AUGAUUGCCAUCAUCAGAGGAUCUAGAGUACAUGCACCGAAGGGUUUCAGGCUCCCCCCCGGCCCAAAAGGAUGGCCCAUCGUUGGCAAUGCUAUGCAAUUGGGUCGAUACCCCCAACGCCAACUCCAGAAAUGGGCUGAACAGUAUGGCGGGCUGGUCAAAGUUCGACUUGGAUGGGAGAACUGGGUGUUUGUGUACAGCCCUGAAGCCGUCCGGGAAAUAUUUGACAGGCAGUCUGCAAAUACCUCUGGAAGGCCGCCCCAGCCGGUGACAUCAGAUGUCUUUUCAGGCGAGAAUAGACUUCUCCUUCUUACAUACGGCUCGAGGUGGCGUAAAAUGAGAUCGAUUAUCCACAGGUCGCUGACGCCGAAGGCGUCUAGCGUUUACAAGCCAUCCCAGCAGUUCGAGGCUAUUCAGCUCAUUCACGACAUUGCGACAGACGAGAAAAAAGGGGAGAACUUUUACAUGCAUGUUCGUCGAUAUACUACCUCCGUGGUUCUGCUUAGUACUUAUGGGCUUCGUGUUCCCGUCUGGGACUGCGAAACUAUCAGAGAAAUCUACACUGUACUGACUGAGUUUUCCAUCACUGCUGAGCCCGGGGCCUACAUUGCAGACCUUUUCCCUCCGCUCGGGCGCCUUCCCCAAUGGCUUCAAUGGUGGCGACCUACGGCGACGCGAGCGUACAACAGGCACACAGCGAUCUUCAUGAAGUAUUGGAACACAUUGAAGGAGAAACUCGAAUAUGGAAAUGCGCCCGAGUGCCUUGUCAAGCAAAUUAUGGAAACGGGCAUUGAGAAGCAAGGCGUCACUGAGGUAGAAGCCUGCUGGGUUGCGGGAUCUAUGAUUGAAGCUGGGUCAGAAACAACAUCCUCUGCUCUCAACAGCUCCAUCCUAUAUAUUGCCGCACAUCCGGAAGUCCAGGAACGAGCAAACGAGGAAAUCUCAAGGGUUGUUGGUGAUGGGAGAUCACCGACGUUUGAUGAUGAAGAGGCCCUACCCUAUAUAAGGGCGAUGGGUAAAGAGAUCCUGCGGAUUCGGCCAGUCACCACUAUUGGAACUCCUCAUUAUACGACGUCCGAUGUGUUUUACAAGGAUUACUUUAUCCCCAAGAAUACGGUCGUUUGCAUGAGCCAGUACAUCCUCCACUUCAAUCAAGAACAAUGGGACAACCCCGAUGUGUUUGACCCUUCCCGGUAUUUGAGUUAUCCCCACAAGGCUGGUGUAUACGCCGCUGGAGGAGAUGCUGCCCAGCGUGACCACUACGACUUCGGGGCGGGGAGACGGAUCUGCCCAGGCAUGCACCUGGCUGAGAACAGCCUCUUCAUCACGUUGGCUAAGCUUCUGUGGGCCUUCAAGAUCGAGCCCCCUCUCGGAGCGGACGGGAAGCCCUUGGCCAUGGAUCUGUCCGACGCAGCCUACGAGGACGGGGUCAAUACGGUGCCGAAGCCCUUCAAGGCCCGGUUUUUACCCCGGAGCGAAGCCAGGAUGGAGGUGCUUCGCGCUGAAUGGGCCCAAGCCCAGAAGGAUGGCUUCUAUCUGGGUAGCGCAAAGGUUAACACCGGCGGAGUUGUUGUGGAGUCUUGA